AUGGUUCCAUCACUGGCAAUAAUCUUACCUACAUUGCUGCUAACGUAUAGUAAAUGUUUGGAAGCCUCUAACAGAUCACAAUUAUUCAACGAUGUUAUAUACAAAAUGAACCCCGACAUAGCCCCAUUUGAAUCGGACAAGACAGGGAUAACUGUUAUGAUUUCUGUAAAUUUGAUGGGCAUAACAGAUAUUAACGAAAAACAACAGACGAUGUCUGGUUCAUACUGGGUGACAUUAUCAUGGAUGGAUUAUCGCCUGGGAUGGAACCCGAGCUUGUACAGCAAUAUUACCUCUGUGCAAGUAAAUGCUAACAAGAUUUGGUCGCCGAAAUCUAUUUGCUUGUUUAAUGAAAUUGGAAAUGAGAAAUGUUUCAACGCAAAGGAGGAUCCUGUGACGGUGUAUUCCGUAGGAUUUAUUAUGUAUACGAAAUAUUUGGAGAGUGUUUCACAAUGUGUAGUAGAUGUCACCAGCUAUCCAUUUGAUUCCCAUGUGUGUUCUCUUCUAUUUGGAAACGUUAAUUUCUUUAGCGAAUUUCUUCAAUUUGAUGAGAAAAACUCGUUCUUCCUUCUUCAGUAUCUUCAACCGAACGCAAUUUGGGACAUUCAGAACACAACAUUUCACGUUAAGAAGUUUCGUGAUCCCGUGAACCGCAGUACACAAGAGCAGUUAACUUUUCAUAUACAGUUGAGCAGAAAGUAUUUUUAUGUCAUGCUUUUCACGCUUUCACCGGUGAUUAUAUUAUCAAUUUUGAAUUUGUUCUGUUUUGUGGUACCAAUCGAGUCUGGAGAGAAAAUGAGUUUUUGCAUGGCCAUCUUCUUAACUUUUGCAGUAUUCUUGACAAUGAUUACCGAUUCCAUACCGAAAUCAUCGAACGAAGUUCCAUAUUUCACGGUGUACUUGAUAACACAGCUUGCUAUCAGUGGAUUGAUCGUUAUAUUAGAAGCCAUUGUGUUGUUGUUUCAUUUCCAUUUUGCUUCGAGCAGAGAAGAGAAAGAAAAUAACGAAAAGUCUUCUGCUAAGAACUGUAAACCAAACGGAGUGCAUUUUGAUAUCAUUUUCUUUUUGUUCAUACUAGUUUGUAAUAUUUUCUCUUUGAUUUUCUUUUUUGUAAAUGUGCUGUAAAUUCCUUGAAUUUGGUACUUACUAAAAUCCGAUCUCGGUCCCGUGACGGGUCUUCAGCCCCGGUCUCAGAUU